AUGAACAUGUCCUGCCUGCAGCCAUUUUUGGUUCUGAGCCUAGCAGCUAUGAGUAGGAAGAAGGAGAAGGAAGAUGUGGACAUGGAGGAGGAGGAAGAAGAGGAGGAGUGGGAGGAGGAUGAGCCUUGGAGAAAUUCCAAGGGAAGGAAGACUGGUGGGGGCACCACCUCUUGGGCUAGGCAAGCCAGAAGAGCUGCCAAGCAAGCCAAGAGGGUGGUGAUGUCCACUGGCAAGCCCCUUGAAAAAGGGGAGGAAGCCCUUGCAAAAGGGAAACCCCUUGAGAAAGGGAACAAAGCCCUUGCAAAAGGGACACCCCUUGAGAAAGGGAAAGCCCUUGCAAAAGGGCAAAAUGAAGCCAGGUUCCAGGAGCUGAAGGACAAGCUGGUUAAGAGCCUCAAAAAGGGGAAGCUUGGUCCCAGGCUGGAAACUGGCACACCCCUUGAGAAAGGGACAGGUGCAAGCAGCAGCAAUGCUGCACCCCUUGAAAAAGGGAAAAAAAACCUCUUGAAAAAGAAGAGGCAACAGCCCUUGAAAAAGGGCAAUUCCUUGAAAAAGGACACUGUGCUGGUCCAGGACCUCAUGGCCCUGCAGAAGCUCCUUGACAAAGGGGUGGAGGUGCAUGUGCUCUCCUUCUGUGGGGCCAAGCAGGUUCCCAAAAUUGAAAAGGAAAUCUGGGACAAGCUCCCAGAUCUCAUUGACCAACUUCACUGGUGGGGAUGCUGCACCAGUCGCACUGGGGUGGGGGGCAAGGCAAAGUAUGCCACAGAGUGGGGCUGCCAGGUGGCCUUUGAUGAUUCAAUGGACAUCUUGCAAGAGCUGGGCUCAUGGGGUGUCAAAACCUAUGGCAUCCAGACACCCAGAGAGAGCCAUGCAUGGAUGCCAGAAAACUCCAGGUUUGCAUCCUUUGCAGAUGCAGUGAAGCAGCUCAUCAGGGAUUACAAUCUUUAUUCUGACCUGGCCAAAGCACGCGUCGACAAUAGUGCUAUGGGGUCGCUAACGGAGGGCAAGCCCUUGCCAAAGGGAAAGCCCUUGCCAAAGGGCAAAUCCUUUCAAAAGGACAAGCCCUUGCAAGAGGACAAGCCCUUGCAAAAGGACAAGCCCUUGCCAAAGGGCAAGCCCUUGGGAAAGGGCAAGCAUCUCCCCAGCAGUGGCAGCAAGCCCUUGAAAAAGGACAAGCCCUUGAAAAAGUGCAAGCUGUGUGCUAAGAACCUCAACAGACUUGGCAAUCUUUCUUUGCAAGAGAAGGUUGCUGCAGUUUGUGAGGAGCAAGUGAUGAUGACAGGCCUUCCCUUUGACCCUUGCAAAAGGGAAUUGGUCAUUGCCAAAAGGAACCAGCCCUUUGCAAAAGGGGACUAA